AUGCGCUGGAUUGCCAGUUUCAAGGAUUUGCAGCUUGACAUUGUCGGUAUCAUUGCUGUGCUUGGAGAAGGCUCGAUAACUCGAAAUGCUCAGGCGACAAGUCUUUCUUGGUGGUCUACGCUACCUAGGCUUAUGCCAGCUCCCCACGCCCUGCUUGAACACGAACGAAAAUACCGACUGCCUACAGCUCCGGGUAUCGUCGCUGGAGCAUACAGUGGCAUGAUGAGAAGGGAACUUAAUUUCUUCGCACAAUUACUUCAUCCAGAGCCGCUGGAAGAUUACCAGGUUGAGCUUGUCCAGGUGACUGAGAAAAGAAGGCCUGCAGGAACAUCGACCCAUAGUCCAUUCGGCCCCAAGAAGUAUGGAGCCUUGUUCUGGAUUUCAGUCGCCGGAAGUGCCAUGACUCUGGCCUUAAUCGGGCUCUCUAUCUACUACCACGAUGGUUUCUCCUUGCUGGCGACCAUCAUGCUGUCGAUGGUGAGCUCGUUCGUGGGAUUUGGCACUCACUAUAAUCUGGUAUUCCAACAACCAAGAGUGGAAGUUGGGCGGGAGGAGGUUAUACCUCGCUCAGAUGUCGUUAUCUACUAUCCUAAUGGCUCAAUCCGAGUGAUUCGUCCAACGUCCGAACAAAUUGCGCUCUUGUAUUUCCAGCUCGAGUACGCACAAUAUGCAAUCAGCGACACUCUAUAUCGUACCCUCGCCCUGUUGUCGACAGUCAUGCUCAUGACAGGAGUUGUGUGUCUGGCAAAUGCAUCCAAUAUUCUCCAGGUGACCUUUGCUGCUUCAUAUAUCUUGCUGAAUGUCCUCUACUGGGCUGUGUCUGCCUUAAACCCUUUCAGAUACCACUGGCAACAUGCAUACGAUGUCGAAAUCAUGCCGGUACAAUAUCCCCAGAAUCAGGGAUUCGACGCCCCAAUUGCAAUCUCAAGGGUGGAAGAAUUGGAAGGGAGAGUCAGAAAGGAGUGGCGCCGAUUUCAAAAGGGCUGGGCCAUGGAGAGAGGGCAAGGUGGGCAAGGUAGAGCGCAUGGAGGAGCCAAGGCCGGUUUCAAGGGCGAUGAGGAAGCGCGAGACCUCAUCAGCGCGCUGUGGAUCGCCAUUGUUUUGACCGGUACGUCUCAAUGGUUGAAUGAAGCAACCUCGAUAGCACCAAUGAACGCUGCGUGGAAAGAGUGGCUGCGCAAAGCCGACACCGCAGUUCAACCCCGACUCGGGGAUGGUGUUGAUCCUGGGAGACCCAACGAUGAAUGGGACGAGCGAUUCCGACCCCAUUACCGGCCGCGGAUCCAGACUGGCUUAGGUUGGACUUUCACUCCGGCCACGCUAGACCACGUGCGACUUUCUUCUCGCCAACGCCGCUCCAAGUUAAAGUCCUGGGAUUAUCAGGGACAACUUACUGGGAUAUUUGGUAAGCACGCACCUCGAACGAGGAUGCCGCUUGAGGACGAGAUCGUGUCGGGAGGCGCCGAAGACGCCGGUGGGCCUGCGGGUUGGGAGCAACAUGGCAUAACUGACGAGGUGUAA